ACGUCUUGACGUAAGACGCACAGAACGUGUGCGCACAUCCCUUGAAGUGUGCAGGCAUCAAGCAGUCAAGAUGUUUCGACCCAAACCCACACUGAAGGACAGACAGCAUCUGUACAAGCUGAUCAUCAGUCAACUGCUGUAUGACGGAUACACCAUCAUCGCCAACAGCCUCAUCAGUGAAGUCAAGCCGCAGAAUGUGGUUUCUCCAUCAGAGCAGCUCAUGCAGCUCGCCAAGAUAGGAAUGGAGAAUGAUGACAGUGCUGUGCAGUAUGCCAUUGGCCGCUCGGACACUGUGGCCCCUGGUGUGGGCAUCGAUCUGGAGUUUGAUGCAGAUGUUCAGACCAUGUCCCCUGAAGCAUCAGAGUACGAGACCUGCUAUGUGACUUCUCAUAAGGGUCCAUGUCGUGUAGCCACAUACAGUCGUGAUGGGCAGCUCAUCGCCACAGGCUCCGCCGAUGCCUCCAUCAAGAUCCUGGACACAGAGCGCAUGCUGGCCAAGAGUGCCAUGCCUCUGGAAGUUAUGAUGAAUGAAACAGCCCAGCAGAACAUGGAGAACCACCCUGUGAUCAGAACUUUGUAUGAUCACGUGGACGAGGUCACCUGUCUCUCUUUUCACCCGACAGAGCAGAUCUUGGCCUCUGGAUCUCGAGAUUACACUCUCAAACUCUUCGAUUAUUCAAAACCUUCUGCAAAAAGAGCCUUCAAGCACGUACAGGAAGCAGAAAUGCUGCGGUCCAUAUCCUUCCACCCCUCUGGGGAUUUCUUACUGGUUGGUACGCAGCAUCCAACACUUCGCCUAUAUGAUGUUAACACUUUCCAGUGUUUCGUGUCCUGCAACCCCCUGGAUCAGCACACAGACACCAUUUGCGGAGUCUGUUACAAUCCCAGCGCUAACAGCUACGUGACCUGCAGCAAAGAUGGCAGCAUCAAACUCUGGGACGGCGUGUCCAACCGCUGCGUGACCACCUUUGAUAAAGCUCAUGAGGGUGCAGAGGUCUGUUCGGCCGUCUUCUCCAAGAACUCAAAGUACAUUUUGUCCACCGGGAAAGAUUCUGUUGCCAAACUCUGGGAAAUUUCCACAGGCCGGACGUUGGUCAAGUACACAGGUGCCGGUCUCAGUGGGCGGCAAACACACCGCACUCAGGGUGUUUUCAACCACACCGAGGACUAUGUGCUACUGCCGGACGAGCGGACCAUCAGCCUGUGCUGCUGGGAUUCACGCACAGCCGAGAGGAAAAACCUGCUGUCACUGGGCCACAACAACAUCGUGCGCUGCAUCGUACACUCACCCACAAACCCCGGCUUCAUGACCUGCAGCGACGACUUCAGAGCACGAUUCUGGUAUCGCCGCACCACCACUGACUAACAGACAUUUGUGUGCUUUGAGACCCCAAGAAUCUGAAGUUUACUUUUAACAGCAGGUCCCAAACGCAGAAAUGUCCACACUGUGUAUGACAACACCAAAGCUGCGUAAUGUUCAGCACACACAGUCUUUUUAAAAGCAUGAAAGAGCUCGAUGUCUCUUCUCACUGCGGUACCUGUGCAUUACUGUCAGCUAGUGCUGUUUUUUUUUACAAAAUGUAACUUUUUUUAGAACUUUGUUUCAUGGAUUUGAGAUCAUUUAGUAGUAUCAGAAUCGUCAUCCAUUAAGAUGCGUUGAUUUAUUCAUUUGCAGCUAGUGGAAAAACACAUUUUGUGUUAUUUGUGUAUCCGAUAAUAAGUAGACCGGGAUCAUUCUAUCAUGGCGCGUGCCUAGAAUGUCUUUUUGAUUUCAAUUUGUGUACCGUGCUCUUUGUUUUUAUUAAAAAAACUCUGAUAAAUUGUUUGUUUGUUUGUUUUACAGUUGUGACAGUCCUGUUUAUGAAUGGCACUAACCAUUUUGUUUGUAGAGGAGAUUGCGAUUGCUCAAUUUGGCUUAAAAUCCCUGUGAAAUCAAAUUAGGGGCUGCACGAUAUUGGAAAAUUGCAAUAUGAAUGAUUGCGAUCAUGAACAUCAUUUCACAACAUGACUAUUUAAAAGAAUUUAUCGUUUUACAUGGAUUGGGAUCAUUUUUUUACUGCAGUCCAUCAGCAUUAAAUCUACAAAAUUAUACAAAAAAAUGUGUAUUUAUACAUAUACAAAAUAAAUUCAACUAAAGCACAGAUGAAAACAACAGAACAAAGAGAAAAAUGAACAAACAGCACUUUAUGGUUAUAGCUGAAGUCAGAAAUUCAAUAAUCUAAUGUAAAUUAACACUAGAUAGCAGUGGUAGGACACCUCAUCGCCAGCCACAUGUGGCUCUUUGACCAAAAAUACGCGGCUAUUCCUUCAGUAAUAUUUUAAGGUUUAAAAAUUAUAUUUGUCACAAGAAAUCCAUUUACUAUUGAAAAUACAAUUUCAUUUUAUUGCAUUUUUUUACAGCAAAAUGAAUAAGAACUCCGUUUACAAUAAAAGGCCAUUUUAACCAGUGCAUGUGGACCCCAGUGUAGCUCAACUUAAAUUGCUACACAAGUUAAGGGCAAACAACCUCUGUUUCUAUAGGAACCUCACACACAUAAAUGUAAACAAUAUUCAUGAGUGGUGAUGGCAAAAAAAUAAAAAAAAUCUUUAUUCAUUCAA